AUGCACUGCAGAUUGCAUGCUUUGGCAGUCUUUGUGUUUACUGAGUUUUUGGAUCCCUUUCAGCGUGUUAUUCAACCAGAAGAAAUUUGGCUAUAUAAGAAUCCCCUGGUUCAGUCAGACAACAUACCUACACGGCUCAUGUUUGCAAUUUCAUUCCUUACACCCCUGGCUGUGAUUUUUGUAGUGAAAAUCAUCCAACGGACAGACAGGACAGACAUAAAGGAAGCCUGUCUGGCAGUCUCCCUGGCCCUGGCAUUGAAUGGAGUGUGCACUAACACUAUCAAGCUCAUUGUAGGACGGCCACGUCCUGAUUUCUUUUAUCGCUGUUUUCCGGAUGGGGUGUCAAACGAAGAGAUGCAUUGCACUGGAGAUGCCAGCCUUGUGUCAGAGGGAAGAAAGAGCUUUCCGAGUAUCCACUCAUCCUUUGCUUUUUCAGGUCUGGGAUUCACCUCCUUCUAUCUGGCAGGAAAGCUGCAUUGUUUUACAGAAGUGGGGCAAGGGAAAAGCUGGCGUCUCUGUGCUGCCAUUCUGCCUUUAUAUUGUGCUAUGAUGAUUGCCCUGUCACGGAUGUGUGACUACAAACAUCACUGGCAAGAUGCCUUUGUGGGUGGUGUGAUCGGUCUGGUGUUAGCCUACAUCUGCUAUCGACAGCAUUACCCAUCACUGACGCACUCUUCCUGCCACCGUCCUUCUGUAUGUCUCCAUCAAGUCAGUGCCCCAAAGAAGGAGGAGCCAGCAGCCACUGAGAAUACAGACGGCUUAAUGCAUGAGACCAUGACAGAGGGGCCUGUAUGACCACCAAGUUGUGUAAUUUGACUUGUAGUUUCAUGUAGCCUCUUUGGAGAGGUUUCCUGCACUGUGUGUACAGCAGCACACAUACUAUCUGUGACCAGCAACUCUGCAAUGUAUGCAACGUCAACAAUCCCAGCGUGAAGUCUAGAGGCAGGAA